UUAUCGCCAUCAUAUCGCUCAAAGCCAUACACAACAAAGCUGAAACCCAAACCCCUCCUCCUCCUCCUCCGUCAAUGGCGGCUUCCUUCACCUCCAUCGUAGAAUCAGCGAUCGUGCGCCCGACGGCCGCCACCGGCGGGUCGAGAAGCUCUGGUUGCCCUCCUCUUCUGAGCCCUUCGCACGCUUCCCUGGGCCUCCGUAAGAGCCCCUGGCCGCGUCAGUUCAUCUCGCCCUUCUCCAUCUCACCCGCUUCCCCAGCCAAAGCCCGCUACGCCAUUUCGCCUCGUGCCGAAUUGAAGGAAGCUGAGGUGCAGUCGAAAGUCACCACCAAAGUGUACUUCGACAUAAGUAUUGGGAAUCCGGUGGGGAAGGAUGUGGGGAGGAUUGUGAUAGGGUUGUUCGGCGAUGAUUGCCCCCAGACCGCAGAAAAUUUUCGGGCUCUUUGCACAGGUGAGAAGGGCUUUGGGUACAAGGGUUCUGCAUUUCAUCGUGUCAUCAAGGACUUUAUGAUCCAAGGAGGAGACUUCGACAAGGGAAACGGAACUGGUGGUAAAAGCAUAUAUGGCCGCACAUUCAAAGAUGAGAACUUCAAGUUGUCUCAUUUGGGACCUGGAGUGGUUAGUAUGGCGAAUGCAGGGCCCAACACCAAUGGGAGCCAGUUCUUCAUUUGCACUGUCAAGACACCAUGGUUGGACCAGAGGCAUGUUGUUUUUGGUCAAGUCUUGGAGGGGAUGGAUGUGGUGAGGUUGAUCGAGUCGCAAGAGACCGAUCGUGGUGAUCGUCCCAAGAAGAGAGUCGUCAUCGGCGACUGCGGUGAGCUUCCCAUGGUCUAAAACAUAAAAGAGGUACAGAACUUUUCUCUUCUGAAGAGGACCAUAUCGGCGUUUCCUUUCAAGUUUUCUGGUGUUAUUUUAAAGAGGCUGUUGAUCAUAUAGCAGGUUGACAAUGUUAUGCCUUGACAUCUGAUGAGGGGUUGGUUACCUGCUUAUUUUGCCGGCUAUUGUAUGUGGAGGUAUCUAAGCAGUGACUUAAAUGAUCCUUUGCUGCUUGUUCUUUGGGUUUCAAAAGUAAACUAAAUGAGACUUAAUAAUAAUUGGAAAACUGUAUCGAUUGUUUGGAAAAGAUCAUCAUAUGGAGAAAAUUUGCCACUUGAUCUGUUAA